CUCCGACGCUCUCCAGCCACUGCCCUGCUCGGUGACCCCAGCUCCGGUUCCCUCGCUGUCCCCCGGCUCCAGUGUCCCCGCCGGCCCCCACAGGACCUUCCGCGGGCUCCGGUGUCCUUUGCCCCAGCUCUCAGGGUGCCCCCAGGGACUCCACCUCCACCUCGUCUACCGGGCCUCUCUCCUCCCAGCCCCGCUCGGAUGCAGGGAGCCAGGCUGCCUCUUUGCCUCCCGCUCUGUCCCUCCAAGCCCGCCGAGGCUGAGAAGGAAAAGGUCCGCAGGGCCCACCCCACCGUCCACAGCGAGACGAAGUACGUGGAGCUCAUCGUCAUCAAUGACCACCAGCUGUUUGAGCAGAUGCGGCAGUCCGUGGUCCUCACCAGCAACUUUGCCAAGUCUGUGGUGAACCUGGCAGAUGUGAUCUACAAGGAACAGCUCAACACCCGCAUUGUGCUGGUCGCCAUGGAAACAUGGGCCGAUGGGGACAAGAUCCAGGUGCAGGACGACCUCCUGGAGACUUUGGCCCGGCUCAUGCUCUACCGGCAAGAGGGGCUGCCAGAGCCCAGCGAUGCCACCCACCUCUUCUCGUGAGUGCCACCCCGUGCGCCCUGCCCCUCGAUGGCUGCCUGGCCACGUGUGUCCAGCUGGCCUCCCGGUGCCCUGGCCAGGGAGCCUGGGCCGGGUGUCCAAGUCCCACGGUCUCCUCUGCCCUUCAGGCCGUCCCAGCUUCCUUCCUGGGGCCUGGGGCCUGGCACUGGAGACAGUGGAGUAAAAGGGCCUCCUGCCAAGACUUGAGCCCACAGAGGCAGUGAGGUCACAGGCCUGACCACGGGGCACUGCAGGGCCGCGGGCCCUG